AUGUCAGACCUAAUGGUUGCUGCUGAAUUUACACUUCGAAGGGCGCUUCAUGAUCAUCCCGGAGAUCUUGUGGUUACUGGGAGUCCUCAUUUACUCUGCUCACGUUUACCAAAACAUUGGCGAUCUAAUAAGUCUCUACCUACACCAUUUCGAGUAGUAAGCUUGGCCCCUGUGUUAGAUGGAACAAGGGUAUCAGUGAGUGCCGGAAAUGAAGAAAGACCCUUUGCUGAACUCAAAAAUGCAGUUGCCAUUAUGCAGAAUCAAGAAGCUAGGUUCAACGAUCUAAGGUUCCUUGGACGAAGCGGAAGAGGAAAAUCUUUCAAUGUAACAAUAACUGUUGAAAGCAGUCCUCCUUUGGUCGGAGUCUAUUCACAUGCCAUCAAGGUCACAGUGGACGGACCUCGAGUACCGAGAACAAAAUAUGCAUCAGUUAGUCGAACGAUAAAAGUGGACAAUGAAAGGUUCCCAUCAUUUGCACCGGAAAGACUGUCAAAAAAUUACGAAAGAUCUCGUUUACCUCAAACAAUUAUCGAUCGAGCUCAUCGAUAUCUGGAUGUCGCCAAUAAAAGAGAUGGUCUCAAACGUUGCAUGAAAAUUGACCCUGACAGUUUUGAAGAUAAUUCAGAAUUAGAGAAUCCCAAAAAAAUGAAAACCCAACAGCCUCCUCAGAAACCAUUUGGCAUUUCAACAUUUCCCAGUAUGCCAGCUAAAGAACAUCGGUCAUCUCUACAGAACUCCAUGUUUCCUCCAUUUACAAUUCCACAGUUCUUUCCACCGCCUUUCAAAUUCGAUUUAAAUAAACAGAUUUCGAAUCCGAACUUCGUCCCACCCUCGCAGGAUCAGCCAAAGGUGCCUGUACCACCAGUGCCAAACUUAAUUGAAUCAAUAGCAGCUUCUAUAAAUCUUCCAUUGCCAGCCUAUUCAUUGCCGUUGUAUUCCGCCAACGAUCUGUCUACAAAGACCUCUGAGAAAACUCAAACGUCAAAGACUACUCAUGGUUUCCUUAGCGUGGAGAAAUUGUUGGCCGAUGCUAAUCAAUCCCGAGAUGGUCAGAACUCUCCGUCAUCUACAUCUUCCAUUUCGUCAACUACCAUUUCACCAGAUAUUCCAGGUGCGCUAAAUCCAUUCCCAAUGACAACGCUAGCUUCCACUCAAAUGGAAACAGCCUCUGAUUUCUUUAAGAAGCUCUUUGCAGCUACAAGAACGAUGGUCUCAUCUCAAUCUGCUCAACAAUUGAUCACUCUUCCGAAAACUCUAUCGGACAGUUUCAUUCCCCCACCUCCUCUCAACUGGUUAAGGCUUCUCCAAAAUCCUCCUGAAAUGUUCCCUACUCAGGAAAAGGGGCUUGCUCUGCUAACAAGAGAUGCCGGUAGCAAUUCAACUUGA